GAGAGAGCCAUACUUCGAACGUCUUCAAUUUUAUAAUUAUGUGUCCUCGAAUUUUUGUUCCUCGUGCUUUUAUCCUGAUUUUCUUGGUGAAAGCRAUUUCAAAUACCUCUGGGAUUGUUGUUGUCAAAAAAUAUGAACUGAAAGACAACUCUWCAAAUGCCCUGACUCCAAAUGUCAAAAUAAAUUAUACUGCUAUCACAGACAACAGCAUAGAAAUUCCUACAAARCAACGUAGAARGACACUUCCCACCAGUCAAAAAUCUACAAAUGCUCCAAUUGAAACUUCACACAGCGUUUUAAAUGCGUCACUAAACAGCUCCGAUAAAAUAGCUGCAACAAAGCUGCCAUCAACUAUGAACUUUACAAGUCGUUCCCCAUUGAAUUUUACAACAAUAGCACCCACUCGCCAUCAUGCAAAGUCUUCUUCACACAAACACUACAAGGUGCUUCUUUACGUUUUAAUACCAUUGAGUGCUGUGUUACUUGCAAUUGGCAUUUGCUUCAUGGUGCGUCAUAUUCAAAAAGUAAAAAGAAAGAGAAGAUUAGAAAGGGAAUUGAUUCACCAAUAUUCAUAUCCAAAUAGUGAAGCAGGGGACGAYGAUCAAGAAAGGCUUUUUGAAGUCGAAAGCAUUAUAAACACACAUUUUGGUUCUGUUAUUGAUCAAGAGGAGAAGAAUUUUGAUGCCGAGAUACCCCAGGUGUCAGUUGCUAUAGGGGAAGGUUCUAAGCUUGUCAUAGAAGAAGAAUCUCCUUUAAUGGACAGCAAUGAAGCUUCAACUUCAUUCAACUGCUAAAAGGGAAAUAAUUGUACCCUCUAAAUCUUAAUUCAAACUUGCCAAUUUGGCAUGUGAAAACCAUUAAUUAUUGGUGUGAAGGCAUGGAAGCUGUAACGUCUGUCAAGUGUAAAAUAGAGAUUAAACCAACUAUUUAAAUCUUAGCUCAAAGCUGUCAAUGGCUCAACUUGCAAAAGAAUCUUAUGAAGCAAGAAAAGAAGAGCAUUAUUCUUUGAUCAAGUUGCUGCCAUAUUAUCUUUACAAUAGAUUCUACUUAAUUGAGUCACUUGCAGUCCAAAAUAGACCUUAAAAUGUAGAUAGAUAAUGAAAUAUUUCUCUAUCAGAAUGCAUAAAUGCAAGACUACAAGAAAAGCAAUAAUUUAAUCUAUUAGGCAAGUCAUGCAAAAAUAAUAAUCUAAUGUUUCAAUUGUACAUACAGGGUUCGCGCUACUUCCUGAAAUCCUUUGAAAGUCCUGGAAUUGAAAACUUGUUUUGAAGGGCGCUUGAAAAGCCCUUGUGAAAUGUGAAAAACUGCUAAAACUCCUGGAAAACUCCUGAAAAUAACAUGUUGCUUUUUGUCAUUUGGAUUGAAUGUGGUUAUUUUUGAAAAUCCCUAACGGAAAUAUUUGCAAACAUCAAAAAAUAUCUUCAAGAAUAGUCCUUGAAAAUCACAUUUUUGUGCUUAAUAAUAAGUACUUGAAAAGUCCUGGAAUUUGGUAGUGAAAAUGUUGCAUGAACUCUGUACAUAUUGAAUGUUGAAUUCAGGAAGAGAAUAGAGUAAUGGAAACGAAUGAAAAAAAAUAUUCAAAUUAAAAUUGUAAAGAAAGUAAACUUUCAAUGAAAAAAGUAAGUGCAAUCAAGAUGAUGAAAUGAGGGAAGGGGGGGGAGAGGGGGUAUAUAAUAGGAAAUAAGUAAUUAGAUAUUUAAAUAUGCUGAAUGAAAGCUUAUAAAAUAAGUAACAGCAGUUGAGCCUCUAUUAGCCUGUUACCCAUUAAGCAGGGGCCACAAUAAAGGCACCAACUCUCUAUAUCUUCCUUGAAGRGGCCAGCUUGGCAAGGGCCAAGAGUGACUGUGUAAUAGAAGUAUCACUGUAUUCCAAAAUAUCUAAGAACACAAUAUAUGUAUAUGUUUCAUGAUGUAUAUGAGGCUACUUAAAUAAAGGUAUCUAAUCAUGUGCCAUCUUGAGAAGUAGCCAUACCUCAAAGCAAGAACGCAGUGCAUUUGGAAAGAAUCAUAUCUUCUUUCACAAGACGUUUUCUCACGUGUUUCUUGCAAGGCCUCAUUUUGAUUGCCUGUCAAGGUGGCACAGGGAACUCACAAAGGACAGAAUGUAGCUUCUGUAAACAAGCCAUUCUAAAAGUCUUAAAAAUGCAAAAAAUACAAACUAAUAAAUUGUACCUAAUGACAGUU